AUGGGUCUCCUACAAGAGGUCGCAGGGCCGUUGUCCCAGCAGUUCCAGACACUAGGAACUGGCUUGCAAAUUGUCACCAUUGUCGGCGCUGUCAUCUUUCUUUCUGUCCUCCUCAAUGUCGCCUCCCAGAUCCUCUUCAAGAACUCCAACGAGCCGCCCAUGGUCUUCCACUGGUUCCCCUUCAUUGGUAGCACCGUCAUCUAUGGCAUGGACCCCCAGCCUUCUUCAAGGCCAACCUACGGCGAUAUCUUCACUUUCGUUCUCCUCGGCAAGAAGACCACUGUAGCCCUCGGCCCCCAGGGCAACGACUUCAUCCUCAACGGCAAGCUCAAGGAUGUGAACGCUGAGGAAAUCUACACCGUUUUGACCACCCCCGUCUUUGGUCGCGACGUUGUCUACGAUUGCCCCAAUGCCAAGCUCAUGGAGCAGAAGAAGUUCAUGAAGAUCGCCCUCACCACCGAGGCCUUCCGCUCAUACACCCCCAUCGUUGCCGACGAGGUCACCAAUUACUUCAAGCGCAGCCCUGACUUCAAGGGCAAGUCCGGCGUCGUCAACAUCCCCACCAAGAUGGCCGAGAUCACCAUCUUCACCGCCUCCCACGCCCUCCAGGGCGCCGAGAUCCGCAACAAGUUCGACGAGUCCCUCGCCUCCCUGUAUCACGACCUCGACAUGGGGUUCACCUCCAUCAACUUCGUGUUGCACUGGGCUCCUCUCCCCUGGAACAAGAAGCGUGACCAGGCUCACGACACCAUCGCUCAGAUUUACAUGGACACCAUCAAGGAACGCCGCGAGGAGGGUCGCACCAACGGACUCGACAUCAUGUCCCACCUGAUGAACUCGACCUACAAGAACGGCAUCAAGGUCCCCGACCACGAAAUCGCCAACAUGAUGAUCGCCCUUCUCAUGGCCGGCCAGCACUCCUCCUCGUCCACCAGCUCCUGGAUCAUGCUUCGUCUUGCUCAGAACCCUCACAUCAUGGAGGAGCUUUACGAGGAGCAAGCCAUCAUCAAGGAGACCCUCCGCCUUCAUGCCCCUAUUCACUCGAUCAUGCGCGCCGUCAAGUCCCCUAUGCCCGUCCCUGGUACGAAGUACGUUGUCCCCACGAACCACACGCUCCUCGCAGCCCCUGGUGUUUCCGGCUCCGAUCCCACCUAUUUCCCUGAACCCGAGCAGUGGAACCCCCAUCGCUGGGACGCCGACUCCCCCCUCGCCCCCAGACUUGGAGCCAACGACGCUACGGAGGAGGAGAAGAUCGAUUACGGCUACGGAUUGGUUAGCAAGGGUGCUGCCUCGCCGUACCUGCCCUUCGGCGCCGGCCGUCACCGCUGCAUUGGCGAGCACUUCGCCAACCUGCAGCUUCAAACCAUCACUGCCAUGGUCGUCAGAAACUUCAAGUUCCGCAACGUCGACGGUAGCAACAACAUUAACGGCACCGACUACGCCUCUCUCUUCUCGCGUCCUCUGGAGCCCGCCAACAUCUACUGGGAGAAGCGCAACCCGUAA